AUGACGUUUCCUGAUUCAAAGCCCAGCUCUUGUGCUAACUGCUCCAAAGUGGGGUGCCCCCAGGACAGAUCCAUAUGCGGAAUCGGGGUGGGGAGCUGUGCUCCCAAACAAGAUUUGGAGCACCACGAGUCAUACACCACCAACAGUCUGGAAAGUGUUCCCUACAAGAAGACAUGCACUGUUGAAGUCAUGGGGGUUACCCCACUUCUCUGGACCCUGACUCUGCUCUCCGUCACAGCUUCAGUGGCUCCUGACUCUCAUUAUCUGGUGGCCUUCCCAGGGGUCAUUAAGUACCCUGGCACCGAAAAGUUCUGUGUACUUCUGCAGUCGCUCUCUGAGACCGUCCACAUGGCCGUGACGCUGGAGAUGAAGAACCAGAACCACACGCUGGUGGACGAGGAUGUGGAGAAGCCACAUCGGUUUAAAUGCAUCAGUUUCCAGGUCCCGCCCUUCACUCCAGAACACAAGUCCACGUACAACUCAGGGGAAGAGGUGGCCCACGUGCACGUCCGCAUCCACAAGGGAGACAGCGUGAGCUUCGAGGACCGGAAGAAGGUGCUGGUCCAGGACGUUUUCAUCCGCACCAUCGUCGUGCCGGACAAGCCCUUUUACAAACCUGGAGAGACAGUAAAGUUUCGGAUUGUGAGGCUUGAUGAUGACUUUAAGGCCCUUAAUGAAAAGGUAAGCGUUGCUAGACUGCUGGAUCCCAACCAGAACCGGAUUGGCCAGUGGCUGGAUGUGGAAACCAAACAAGGCAUCGCGGAUCUCUCCUUCCCCCUGGCAUCUGAAGCAGCCCUGGGAGGGUAUACCAUCCAAGUGGGAAAAUAUCAGGGAGGGGAACAUUUUCAAGUGGAGGAAUAUGUGCUGCCUAAGUUCGAAGUAUUGUUGGAAGUCCCUAAAUUAGUCACCACUUCAGAUGAAGAAAUAAAGAUCAAAGUGACUGGCAGGUAUACAUAUGGAAAGGGAGUUCGUGGGACUGUGCGGCUGACCCUGAGGAGAGACAGGUCCUAUUAUUUUUGGGAAUUGGCACAAAAUGAAACGAUUCCCAUUAAAAAAGAGUACACUGCCAAGACAGACAAGACCGGCAGUGCCGUUAUUACCAUCAGUGCGGCUGACAUUAAUCUGUCCCAAAAAGGCUAUGGUAGUAAUCUUCGGGUUUCUGCAGAACUGGAGGAGGAAGGAACAGGUGUGGUCAGCUCGGGAAGAGCCUACAUAUCCGUCGCCACCAAAGCGGUCAGCGUGUCCUUCAUCAACCUCAACCCGUUCUAUAAGCAUGGCUUUCCAUAUACCGGAAAGAUGAAAUGUGACAUAAACAGCUUUCCCGUCAGGAACGAGACCAUCUAUCUUGUCGUCGAUGUCAAUGACGUGGAGAUGAUAUUUCCACACUUGACGGAUGAGAAGGGGGAAGUUCACUUCUCCUUAGACACGGCUAAUUGGAAAGAUACACUGGUUGCUCUCCGGGGCAGGUAUUCCCUUGAGAACAUAACUGCUGGAGAUUCCGAUGACCUUGAGAUAGUGCGGAAUGAAGCUUUCAGUUGGCUGAAGCCCUUCUACUCGGAGAGCAACAGCUUCCUUGAGAUCCAGCACGUAGAGGAAGAACUGCCUUGUGGAAAGGAUCAGGAAGUACACGUGGAUUAUAUAAUUGAUCGGAAAGAACUGGGGCCCGAGGCUGACCACGUGGAUUUCUAUUACUUGGUUGUGUCCAAAGGAAAGGUCAUUUUGAGUGGGCAGAAAGCCGUGCCGAUUGGCCAAGAUGAGACACUGAAGGGUACCUUUACGCUAACGCUGUCCAUGAGCGCAGAUCUGGCACCCAUUGCCCGGCUUCUACUGUAUGCUGUGUUUGCUGAUGGCGAGGUGACAGCCGAUAUGGACGUGUUCACCCUAGAGAAGUGUCUCCCGCAUCAGGUGAAGCUGGGCUUCUCCGAGGAAGAAGAUCUUCCAGGUUCACAGGUCGAGCUGCACGUGGAGGCAGCCCCUGGAGCCCUCUGCUCUCUCCGGGCGGUCGACAAGAGCGUCAUCCUGAAGGAAGACAGCGCUCUGACGCCAGAAAGGGUGUACAGAUCCGGUCUCGGUUAUGAUUCUGAGUACUUAAUUGGCGCAAGAGGAUUUGACUACCACUUGGAAGACUUUGAGCCCUACCCUUGUCUGCCUUUUGAGGGUCCCCCGAUGCUCGGUCAAAGGCGAAAGCGGUCCUUGCUAGGCCCCUGGUAUGAAUGGCAAGCGGAUGUCUAUAGCCUCUUUAAGCAACUGCGACUGAAACUUUUAACCAAUACCCGAGUGAAAAAACCUGUGUCCUGCUUACCACAACCCGAAAGAAGACUUCUCAAAAUGGGUGAAAUGACACCGAUCGCCUAUAGCAUAUCCGAAUCCGCUCCUGUCCCUGGCUCAGGGAAUUUUGUCACUCAGUCCAGUGUGGAAGAGAAGAAGGAGGAGAAGGCAAAACCAAGGACCCAUUUCCCAGAGACAUGGAUUUGGGAUCUGGUCCCGCUCAACGAGGAGGGGAAAGCAUCUCUCUCGGUCACCGCUCCCGACACGAUCACGGAGUGGACAGCCGACGCUAUCUGCGUGGCGGAUCUCGGCUUCGGGCUCUCCCAGCCGGCGACCUUCCGGGUCUUCCAGCCGUUUUUUGUGGACCUGGUGCUGCCCUAUUCUGUAGUCCGCGGGGAGACGUUUGAACUCAAAGCCACCGUCUUCAAUUACCAGAAGGACUGCAUCCAGGUGAGUGUCCGGCUGGCAGAAUCGCAGCAGGUGGAGGUGAAGCCCUGCCUGACCUGCCAGUUUACCGCCUGCCUCUGCGCGGAGGAGGCCCAGACCUUCUCUUGGAACGUGACGGCGACGCACCUAGGACAUGUUAAUCUCUCGGUAACUACGGAGGCUGAGGAGACGCAGGACCUGUGUGGCAACAAAAUCGCCGUGAUGCCCCCCCAUGGCCGCUCCGACACCGUGAUCAAGCCCCUGCUGGUCAAGCCAGAAGGCGUCCCCAAGGAAGAGACCCACAAUGCAUUCCUCUGCUCCUCAGGGGAUGCCAUGGUGGAGGAAGUUUCUCUCAAGCUGCCCGAGGAUCCUGUGGAGGACUCUGGCCGAGCCACCUUCUCUGUCAUCGGUGACAUUCUGGGCCCCGCUCUGCAGAAUUUAGACCAGCUGCUCGAGAUGCCCUUCGGCUGCGGGGAGCAGAACAUGGCCAAGUUUGUUCCCAAUAUCUUCAUCCUCCGAUACCUGGAAGCAACCAACCAGGCGAGUCCCGAGAUCAAAGCCAAGGCCACGGAAUACAUGAAGAGCGGGUACCAGCGGGAACUGCUGUACAAACGCAAGGAUGGGUCCUACAGUGCCUUUGGGAUGAGCGACAAUGAGGGCAAUACUUGGCUGACGGCUUUUGUGGCCCGGGCCUUCGGUCAGGCCAAGUCCUACAUCUACAUCGACGAGAAGCACGUUGAGGACGCUAUUCACUGGCUGAAGCAGCACCAACAUCCCAACGGCUGCUUUGAAAGCGUGGGGAGGCUCUUCAACAACGCCCUGAAGGGCGGAGUGGACGAUGAGCUCUCGCUGACGGCUUACGUGGCGGCCGCGCUGCUGGAGCUUCACCUUGACCAGAACGGUACCAUUGUGGAAGAUGCUCUAGCCUGUCUUAAGAGGAACUUAAGUUCUGUGCACGGCGCCUACAACAGAGCCCUGUUCGCAUAUACCUUCACGUUGGCAGGUGACAUGGAGACACGGCAGCAGCUCCUGGCUGACGGAAACGAGGAAUCCGAAUCCUCCUCAGCCACUGAGGCGAUCGCGUACGGCCUCCUGGCUCUCCUCUCUAAGCCAGACGUCUCUGCGGACGACAUCACAGAAGCUUCUCAGUCGACGCGCGCCCUCGUCUCAAAGCAGAACUAUUACGGGGGAUUUGAUUCCACGCAGGACACGGUGGUUGCCCUGCAGGCUCUCUCCAGGUACGCAGCCUUGACCUAUCGCGAGAUCGAAGGCGUCCAGGUGCUGGUGAAGUCCGCCACGGGUUUCCAGCACGAAUUCCACGUGGACAAGGGCAACCGGCUGGUGCUGCAGCAGGCGUCUCUCCCCGAGGUCCCCGGGCAGUACACGGUGGAGGUCUUGGGGAACGGCUGUGCGUACGUGCAGAGCAUGCUUCGAUAUAACCUACAUCCGGAGAAGACCAACGUUUUCACGCUGACUGUGGAGACAUCCCCCAAAGAGUGCAAUCAGACUUCCAGGAAACAUUUUGAUAUCCAUCUUCAAGUGAGCUACACGGGGCAACGGGAAUCGAGCAACAUGGCCUUGAUAGAAGUGAACAUGCUCUCGGGAUUCAUCCCCGUGAAGAAGUCUGUGAGGAGGCUGGAAGGGAAACUUGGAGUAAAGAAGGUGGAAUUUGACCCUGACAAAAUCAGUCUCUACCUGGAUCAGCUGGAUGACACCGUGCGGAACUACCAUUUCUCUGUGGAGCAGGACGUGGAAGUACAAGGCCUGAAGCCGGCGGCAGUGAAGGUGUAUGAUUACUACCACCCAGAGGACUACGCCGUGGCUGAAUACAACGCGCCCUGUGGCACAGAAAUUACAAAAGAAGAUAACCACUAAAAUCCUCUGCGUUUGUACCUGAAG